AUGUUUGGUAGCGGAGGAAUGGGAGGAAAUCAAAGAGAUUCCGUUUGGUGGAAGGAUCUCUUGAAAUUGGAUUGGUUAGAUGGUGUGGAGCAGAGUGUUUUUGCUAACAAUAUUUUGUGCAGGUUUCUUGAAGGCAACAAUAUUUAUUUUUGGCAUAACAAGUGGAUGGGUUAUCAAAUGCUAAAAGAGGCUUUUCCAGAACUGUUUGCAAUAACGGCAUAUCCAAAUUUCUAUAUGGUAGAUGCUUGUUUUUGGGAAGAGUCUGUUUGGAAAUUGAAGGAAGUGUCUAACCAGAGGUCUCAAGAUGAUGUAGCAGCUCAUCAGGAAGAGGAUGUCCUCUUUUUGCUGUCGGUUUUCAAACCUUCUAAGUCUGCUGAAGACCAGUUUUGGUAG